UUCGCUAGUUCUUCAAUGUCUUCCCUCCUUCUGCCAUCAUGUGACAGAGUUUUUCUCUUUGCAGUUGACGAUGACUUCAUUGGUCUGGGUGAGCUGCCCGAAACGUUUCCCUCAGAUCCCCCCGAGCCACUCCCAGUAUUUUUGAUGGAGCCGGAGGAGGCCUACAUUGUGAAGAACAAGCCAGUUAACCUGUACUGCAAAGCCACGCCUGCCACGCAGAUCUACUUCAAGUGCAACAGUGAGUGGGUUCACCAAAAGGAGCACACCGUGGAGGAGCGGGUGGACGAAAACUCUGGUCUGGUUGUGAGAGAGGCCAGCAUAGAGAUCACCCGGCAGCAGGUGGAGGAGUUGUUUGGGCCGGAAGACUUCUGGUGUCAGUGUGUGGCCUGGAGCUCCGCUGGGACCACCAAGAGCCGCAAAGCCCACGUCCGCAUCGCCUACCUGAGAAAGACGUUUGAUCAGGAACCUCUGGGAAAGGAAGUGUUACUCGAGCAGGAAGUGUUGCUGCAGUGUCGCCCACCUGAAGGCAUCCCAGCAGCUGAGGUGGAGUGGCUAAAGAAUGAAGAAGUUAUUGAUCCUGCAGACGACAGAAACUUCUACAUCACCAUCGACCACAACCUGAUAAUAAAACAGGCCCGCCUCUCCGACACCGCCAACUACACCUGCGUGGCGAAGAACAUUGUGGCCAAAAGACGCAGCACCACCGCCACAGUUAUUGUCUACGUAAAUGGUGGAUGGUCAACAUGGACAGAGUGGUCAGUGUGUAACAGCCGCUGUGGCCGCGGUUACCAGAAACGGACGCGCAGCUGUACCAACCCAGCUCCUCUGAACGGAGGUUCAAUCUGUGAAGGACAGGGCAUCCAGAAGCUGCCAUGCAAUCCUCUCUGCCCAGUGGAUGGCCUGUGGACAGAGUGGAGUAAGUGGUCCACCUGUGGGACAGAGUGCACCCACUACAGGAGGAGGGAAUGCAACGCCCCGGCACCCAAAAACGGAGGGAAGGACUGUGAGGGCGUGGUGCUCCAGUCUAAGAACUGCACCGACGGGCUGUGCAUGCAGAGUUCCUUAUAUCAGAAGUCUACUGAGGCUAAUGACGAGGGUGAUUUUGGAAAUUCAUUGGCUCCCAGUACAGAUGACGUAGCCCUCUAUGUGGGCAUUGUCAUCGCCGUGAUCCUGUGCGUGGUUAUCUCCGUCGUCGUGGCGCUCUUCAUCUACAGGAAGAACCAUCGGGAGUUCAGCUCCGACAUCAUCGAUUCGUCUGCCCUGAACGGAGGCUUCCAACCGGUCAGCAUCAAGACCGCACGCAAAGCUGAUCUCUUAACAGCCCCUCCUGACUUGACCUCGGCGGCCGCCAUGUACCGCGGCCCGGUUUACGCCCUCCAUGACGUGGCCGACAAAAUCCCCAUGACCAACUCCCCGCUGCUGGAUCCACUGCCCAACCUGAAGAUCAAGGUGUACAACUCCUCGGGUCUGGUGACGCCUCAGGACGACCUGGGAGGGGAGCUGUCCUCCAAGCUGUCCCCAAAGCUUCCCCACUGCCUGCUGGACAACAGCGACAGCACGAUGGGCCGGCGCAUGCAGACGCAGACGCUGCUGCGCACCAGGGAUCCCUCCUGCACCGCUCUGGGCUCCUUCAGCUCGCAGGGGGGGCAGCUGAUUGUGCCCAACUCAGGCGUGAGUCUGCUCAUACCAGCGGGGGCCAUUCCUCAAGGCAGAGUCUACGAGAUGUACGUGACCGUUCAGAGGAAGGACAACCUGAGGCCUUCUGUGGAAGAUGGUCAAACAGUGCUGAGCCCCAUAGUGAGCUGUGGGCCUCCUGGGGCCCUGCUGACACGUCCCGUCAUCAUCACCAUGCACCACUGUGCCGUGUGUGACGGCCAGCAGGACUGGCUGAUCCAGCUCAAGAGCCAGUCCCCGCAGAACCAGUGGGAAGAUGUGGUGGUAGUAGGAGAGGAAAACUUCACCACGCCGUGCUAUAUCCAGAUGGAUGAAGAGGCAUGCCACAUCCUGACGGAGACGCUAGGAACAUACUGCCUCGUGGGCCAGUCUCUGAGCGCUGCCACCAUCAAGCGCCUCAAACUAGCCAUCUUUGGCCCCGUCACCUGCCCCGCCAUGGAGUACCACAUCCGAGUUUACUGUCUGGACGACACUCAGGAUGCACUCAAGGAGGUUCUGCAGAUGGAGAAGCAAAUGGGUGGAAAAUUGCUGGAUGAACCAAAGACUUUAAACUUUAAAGACAGCACCCACAACCUGAGACUUUCCAUCCAUGAUGUUCCCCAGCCGUUAUGGAAGAGCAAACUCCUAGCAAAGUAUCAGGAGCUGUCCUUCCAGCAAGUGUGGACCGGUUCACAGAGGAACCUCCACUGCUGCUUUACUCUGGAGCGCUUCUCAGUCAGCACGGGGGACCUGAGCUGUAAGAUAUGUGUGCGGCAAGUUGAAGGAGAAGGACAGAUUUUUCAGCUGGAUACUACACUCUCAGAGGACUCCCAGAGCAUCGACACGUCUCUGCUCGACCCCGCCAGCAACAUCACCACACUGGUCGGUCCGAACGCUUUCCGCAUCCCGCUCUCCAUUCGACAGAAGCUGUGCGGCAGCCUUGACGCGCCGCAGACCAGAGGCAACGACUGGAGGAUGUUGGCCCACAAACUUAAUCUUGACAGGUAUCUGAACUACUUCGCCACCAAAUCCAGCCCUACGGGAGUUAUCCUGGACUUGUGGGAGGCUCAGCAUUUCCCCGAUGGCAACCUCAGCCGCCUGGCCCAGGUACUGGAAGAGAUGGGUCGCCACGACAGCCUCGUUCCUGCUGCGACCGAGCACUGACGUCUGCUUACAUCUGAGGAGGAAGGAGAUAAAAAAACAGGAGUGAAAGAAGAGAGGAGUUAAAGGCAAGACUUUGAUUUUGGAAUCUCAGUGGAAAAUGCUCUUUCGCGCUUCUAAAAGCUACCUGAGAGCACGCUGAUGGAGGUGGAAGUAUCGAAACAGCCAGGUCUGCUCAGGCAUGACCCAGUUAAACAUUGGCAACAAAAGGGUGUAAAAACCUGGAGAGCAAACAUGAACCCUUGCCAGUCACUUUUCUGGCUGAUCCUUCCUCUCUCUGGUGCAACAGUUUGAUAUUUUUGGCUCUAGUUUCCUUGGAAACAGCUGUCCGGUUGUUUGGAUGGAUUUUGCUGCCGAUUCCCUCACAGCAUUCGAGUAACAAUCGACGAGAGGUCAGUGGAUCAAAGGAGGAGGACUGGGUUCAGAGAGAGCAACACUCAGCCAUCAAAGUCAAUAUUCUGCAAUCCUUGAUAACACAGUAUUUAACAAUAUACAUAUUUGUUGCUUGUUUUUUGUUUUUUUAUUUCAUUCUGCCUGUUAGUAUGUUGCAGAAUCCUUUAAUUUAGUUGCAUUUUCUUUCUUUGUGUCACAGCACCACCUGGUGGACACUCACGGAAGUAAGAGUCAGAAAAACAAAGGGAUAAAGAACAUUUUCACAUCUGUUGUAAUAAUAAUUGCUAUUAUUUAGUGUUA